GAGCGGUGCGGAGCGAUGGGGUCGUGGGGGGCUUUGGAGCUGGGGCUGCUGCUGUGCGCCGUGUGCGGGGCGGCGGGCGGUGAGUGCGGCCGGACCGGGACCCCUCCGUCCCCGAGCGGCGCGGGGUGCGUUGGUUCCCGGAGCGCAGCGAUGGGGCUGUGCGGGAUGCUGGGGCUGCUGCUGUGCGCCGUGUGCGGGGCGGCGGGCGAGCUCCACUCCAUGCGGUACAUCGAAACGGCGAUGACGGAUCCCGGCCCCGGGCUGCCCUGGUUCUAUGAAGUGGGGUACGUGGACGGCGAAAUCUUCGUGCACUACGACAGCACCACAAGGAGAGAAGUGCCCCGCACCGAGUGGAUGAAGGCACCUGGAGCUGUGGAUCCCGAGUACUGGGACAGGAACACCCAGAGAGCACUGAGCAAUGAGCAGAAUAGCCGCGUGAGCCUGGUCAAUGCGGCACGGCGCCACAACCAGAGCGGCGGGUCUCACACAUGGCAGCGGAUGUUGGGCUGUGACAUCCUCGAGGAUGGUACCACCCGCGGUUAUGAUCAGGUGGCCUAUAAUGGGAGAGACUUCAUUGCCUUCGACAAAGACACGAUGAUGUUUACUGCAGCGGUUCCAGAGGCAGUUCCUACCAAGAGAGCGUGGGAGGAACCUGGUUAUGCUGAGAGACGGAAACAUUACCUGGAGCAAACCUGUGUGCAGUGGCUGCGGAGAUAUGUGGAGCACGGGAAGGCAGAGCUGGGGAGGACAGAGCAACCCGAGGUGUGAGUGUGGGGGAAGAAGGCCGACGGGAUCCUGACCUUGUCCUGCCACGCUCACGGCUUCUACCCACAGCCUAUCGCCGUCAGUUGGAUGAAGGACAGCAUGGUGCUGGGCCAGGACACCCACUCGGGGGGCAUCGUGCCCAACAGCGACGGCACCUACCACACCUGGAUCACCAUCGAUGCGCUGCCGGGGGAUGCAGACAAGUACCAGUGCCGUGUGGAGCACGCCAGCCUGCCCCAGCCCGGCCUCUACUCGUGGGAGCGGCCACAGUCCUACGUGCUGCCCAUCGUGGUUGGGGUGGUCGUCGCCCUUGUGGCCAUCAUGGCUGGUAUUGGAUUCAUCAUCUACAGACGCCAUGCAGGGAAGAAGGAGAAAGGCUACAACACGGCGCCCAGUGAGUGAUUAGGGCAGCACUGUCCCCCACCUCUGCCCGGUGCCAGGGCAGUGUUAGGGUCCUCGCUUUCUCCCAGGGUUCCCCUUCCUGUUUUUUGGGGCUGCUCCAUGCCCCACAGUGAGCACAGGGCUGGGGCUCAUGGCUCUUCUUCUCUUACAGGCCAGGAUGGUGGAUCCAGCAGCUCAUGCACAGGUGUGGUGUGGGGCUGGGUGUUGUGA